AUGCGGGAAACUGAGUACGCUGGAUGGAAUGGUGUCAUCUGGUAUUUACUUGGCGCGUGGAUCGUACUUAGAUUCUUCCCGAAAGAUAUCGGUGUGAUGGGAAUACUCCUUUUGAGUUGGUGUGAUACGGCGGCGAGCACCGUUGGACGAGCCUACGGAAGAUACACUCCCAGGAUAAGACAGGGUAAAUCACUUGCUGGGUCUCUUGCUGCAUUCGCCGUCGGUGUGGUCACCGCAGCUGUAUUUUGGGGAUGGUUAGCACCAAGGACCGGUCCCUUUCUAGAUGAUCUGGACUGGCCUUUUAUGUUCUCGGGAGACUUGAUGCUUCCUGCGGGAAUCCGGGAUCUCAUUGGUUUGAGUGAGGCUCAAAGUAUUGUUUCUGGUGGUUUAGCUUUGGGCGUAAUGAGUGUAUGGACCGGUUUCACGGCCGCGGCUAGUGAGGUGGUGGACAUAUUUGGGUGGGAUGACAACUUGACGAUCCCGGUCCUCAGUGGGUUUGGGAUGUGGGGAUUUUUGAAGAUAUUUAGGUAG